AAUUCGAGGAGCAUGCCAUGAUUUGUGCGAUCUGCUUCGAAUGCACAAAAUUAAAUUCUUAUCAAGUUUAAACAAUUUUUCCACGCAAAUGUGGAACCACCCUAGUAAAUGUGUAGAAUCUGGUAACAAUAAUCUGGCAAUACGAUUGUAUUGUCCAGAAAAUCAGCAUUUGUGAUCAAACAAUGAUGUAAGCGGUUCAUUCUCGGUGCAACAGCUAUCGGAAAAGGUGAGCUUUCUAUCAAAUCGCCUACUUUGCUCCAUCUCCUAGUUCCACUCAAAACGUCAAAAAUGGCAUCCACCGUCACGCGGGACCGUUUGGUGUGCAACUCGAGCGGUUGCUACCAGCAGAUCGAGUGCACCGCCUGGAUCACCCUGUGCUCGCACGUGUUCUGCGCGGAACAUGGCCGCGAGCUGAGGCAGCGUCUCACGGCGAACCCCGGAUCGCCGUGUCCGGCCUGUGGAAGCAUCUUCCGGGACGGCCAGUCUCUGCUGGAGCGCAAACUGGACCAUCCGGUGCAGGUCCGGGCGUUGCAGCUGUGCGGGUACAACCCGGAAGUGAUCAUGGAGAUCGCCACCGUCGCAAUCGCCUUCUGGAACCACCAGAAGCUGCAGGUUUGCGCCAACCUGACCCGGAAGAACGAGUUCUACAAGGAGUCGGCUCUGGUGGCGCGAAAGGAACGCGACGACGCCGAGGAGCAGCUGCGACGGGUCAAGGUCCAGUUGGGGCAAGUCCAGGCGGAAAACCACGAGCUGAAGGAAAAAAUUGUGGCCACAAAGCGGAACAGGCGGCGGGACAGCAGCGAACGGGACCACAAGAAAUUGGGAAUUGAGAAGCAGCGCAGACAGGAGGAUGAUUUUUUGCUGUAGAUUUGAACGGGGAGAGAUUUGUUUCGAUUCGCAACCUCAA